ACCAGGAUUUCCUACUUUGUUGAAGCGGAUCGCGUCGUUAUGGAAAGAAGACUCGGAGAAACUCAAAAAAUCCGGAAUGGAUGUGAUCGAUAUGUUGCGCAAUGCUUUUGGGACUAACGACAGCGGAAAAAGCGAGCCAAAAUUUCCAACGCCUGUCCAAUUCCAUUUUCUUCUCCGAUAUUAUUACUACAUCUAUCAUGAGUACGAGUUGAGUGACGAAUCAUUAUCGAAUUUAUCAAUUUCACAAAUCCAUGCCAAAGGCAAUCAAUUAGGAAUAGAUUUUAAAGAUUGUUUUGAGAAGAGUGAUUGUAUUCAGAAACUUCAGAAAGCUGUUGCAAAUCGACAAGAGACUGCACAGAAAGCCUUGGAGAUGGUUAAAUUCACUUUAAUGAAAAUUGCCAGAGGCGGAAUUCAUGACCAUGUUGGAAGUGGAUUUCAUCGUUAUUCAACUGAUCGUUAUUGGCACGUUCCUCAUUUUGAGAAAAUGCUUUACGAUCAAGCACAGCUGCUCGCAACAUGCAUUGAAAUAUUUCUACUUACCAAAGAAGAAUAUUUUGCAGAGAUUGCACGCGACAUAAUCAAUUAUGUUAAGCGCGACUUGAGGGAUCCGGUAGGUGGCGGAUUCUACUCAGCCGAAGACGCCGAUUCUUAUCCUUAUGAAGGUGCGACACAUAAACUUGAGGGUGCAUUUGCAGUAUGGGAAACAUCAGAAUUGGAUCAGAUUUUAGGAGAAGAUUCGACUGUUUUCUGUUAUCAUUUUGGGGUUAAGGAAAAAGGAAAUGUGCCAAGAGAAAAAGAUAUUCAGGGCGAGCUUAUAAAUAAAAAUGUGUUGAUUGAAAGAUAUACCCUUGAAGAAACGGCUAAAGAAUUUAGUCUCUCCCUCGAUACAUUGGAUCAAAUCAUAAAGCGUUGUAAAGAAAAACUGGCAAAACACCGGGCAGAGAAACGUCCAAAACCUCAUCGUGAUGAUAAAGUUCUCACUGCAUGGAAUG